CUCACAAUAAUAAUUUUGGUGGUGAUUAAUAUUUUGAGAGUUUCACUCCUACAAGCAAAUGCUAAAAAGUCCAAACUAUCCACCAUUAUAAAACUCCAUAAUCCUCUCAUACUCCAAACAUUCAUAAAAAAAUCAAACUCCCCAAUUCAAAAUCAAUUAAUAAUACAAUAUUUCCACACUUUUCUUCAUUUUCCCUCUUCUUGUUUAAAAAAUCAAUUUCACCCCUAAUCUAAUCAGAAAAAUGUCGAUUAUUUACCAAUUUUGCCAACUACCCAUCAAUUCUCCAACAAUUCCCUCUCAAACCCAUCAAUUAUCCACAAAAUCAUCCCUUUUUUUAACAUCCCCAUUAAGAUUCAACGCAUAUACAAGAAGGGAAGUCAACACUCUUAAAGUCAAAGCAACAGCAGCUGAUGAUGAGUGGGGUCCAGAAAAAUCCACCUCAUCUUCCAAUGGUGGUGGAGCUGUGGCAGUAGCAGAGGAGGAGGAGACAUCAUUGGAAGUCGAAGAGAUUUAUAAGUUGAAGAAACAAUUGGUGGAAUCAUUUUACGGUACAGAUAGAGGUUUGAAAGCAAGUAGUGAAACAAGAGCAGAAAUCGUUGAGUUAAUCACUCAAUUGGAAGCUAAGAAUCCAACUCCUGCUCCUACUGAUGCACUUCCACUUCUUAAUGGAAAGUGGAUUCUUGCGUACACAUCAUUUUCUGGCUUGUUCCCGCUGCUUUCUCAAGGAAGAUUGCCACUAGUCAAAGUGGAGGAAAUUUCACAGAGUAUUGACUCGGAGAAUUUUACUGUCCAGAACUCUGUACAGUUUUCUGGUCCUCUGGCUACCACCUCUCUAAGUACCAAUGCUAGUUUUGAAGUUCGCAGCCCCAAGAGGGUUCAGAUCAAGUUUGUCGAAGGUGUUGUUGGUACUCCCCAGAUAACUGACAGUGUUGUUCUACCCGAGAAUGUGGAGUUUCUGGGACAAAAGAUUGAUCUUACCCCUUUAAAGGGCUUGUUCAACUCAGUACAGGAUACUGCUUCGUCAGUUGCAAAGACAAUUUCCAACCAACCGCCUUUAAAGAUCAACAUCUCUCAGAUCUCUCAAAACGCAGAGUCGUGGUUACUUACCACUUACCUCGAUCAAGAACUUCGAAUUUCAAGGGGCGAUGCGGGUAGUGUAUUCGUUUUCAUUAAGGAAGGAAGUUCUCUCUUGUCUCCCUGAACACACUUAACGUCCCCUAAUGAGUAAGUACAGUACUGCCCUUUAUGCUAUUUCAUACUAUAUGUAGCUAUGAAUCCACCAAUUUUGGUGCAACUAAUUAUAAGGAAUGCUAAUUAUAGGCUGUAUCGUUAUACAUGUAUAUUUUAGUUGAUACUAUGAAAGAUAUGAUGUAAUUUAAAGUUAAUGAUAAUAAAAUACUUCAACUUAUAUGGAUCAA